UUCUGCAACAAUGGGAGCUUACAAGUACGUCCCCGAACUAAGGCGGAAGAAGCAAUCUGAUGUGAUGGGGUUCGUCCAGAGGGUUCGCUGCUGUCAGCAUCCUUCGAUUGUCCGAGUCACAAGGACUCGCCCCUACAAGGCCAAGCAGGGAUAUGUUAUCUACCGUGUCCGUGUGAGGCGUGGUGGUCGCAAGAGGCCUGUUGCCAAGGGUAUUGUGUAUGAGAAGCGCACCAACCAGGGAGUUACACAACUAACGCAGCAAGAAGAGCGCGCUGGUCGUAAGUUGGGUGGCCUUAGGGUUCUCAAUGAGGAUUCAACCUACAUGUACUCUGAGGUUAUUCUUGUUCAUGUUGCUCACACAGUAUCAAGAAAGACCCAAGAAUCAAUUGGAUCGUCGAUCCUGUUCACAAGCACAGAGAGCUUCGUGGCCUCACUUCUGCUGGGAAGAAAUACAGUGGACUGCGUGGAUAGGGUCACAUUUACCACAAGAAUCGUCCUUCUCGCUGCAGGUCAACCUAGCUGGAAGAGAAACAACACCCUCUCCCAUCGUCGCUACCGUUGAUUUUGUUCCUUUUAUCUUAGGUCUUGGUGUUAUUUUAUAGAUUCAGAAUAUGAAGCUGGUCGAACUUCC